UCCAGACAGUCGCUGGGUGUCCGUGUCCUCCACCCACGGCACCACCCAUCUGUUUGGCAUCCACCCACUCGGUGGCAGUGUCAGCGUGCGCACGCACACGUCCGUGGCUGUGACCAACAAUCUCAAGGUGUACAGUAGUGCCGGGGCCGAUGCCCUAUCCUCCAAACAGGUUGAGGUGCUGUCUCCGUUGUCAAGGAUACGGCAGCAGCAGUUCACAGAACAGAUCGGCAACUACGACACCCUACCCGUUACCUGUGUCUUCAUGCCCAGCCACAUACAACCUACGCCGCCUGCGAUCAGCACUAAUCUGUUCAUUACCAAUCACCUGGGAGCAAUGACUCAGUACUCGUUAACACCCCACGGACCACCACCCCCGGAGGCGAAUAAAAAUAGCAUAGGUAGGUAA